CGUACCCGCCAUCACAUGCCGUGACCGACCGACCCAUCUUCCCCCGAAACCCUAAAAUUCACCCCUGUUCUAUUCUAUUCUCCAUUCCCAUGGAAGAAGACUCCUUCAAACUACGAGUCAACAAAAUCUUUGGCUCUCUCAACUCCUCCUCCACUUCGGCUUUCUCCUCUUCUGCUUCAGCUUCCACGCCUUCGUCUCUCAACUCGCUAUGGUGCUUAACCGACGAAGAAAUCGUCAGAAAGGAAUGGAACCGCGACAAGGACAUUCCCGAGCAACCCGAACCCGAAUCCAACUCAGUUCCCAAGUAUGAUCACCCAACUGAACUGGACAAAGACCUCGAAGACCUCGACGACGAAGAGGAAGAAGUUGAAGACAAAUCGUUGAGUACUAAGCCUGCGAAGCCGGACGAUUACAACGACGAGGAAUGGGAGGUCAAAUCUUGCAUCGGCUUGGAUUGUACUCUCGAUUUCGAGGAGGAGGAAGAUGAGUAUGAUAAAGUGGCGGUUGGUGAUGAGAAGCCUGAAGAAAUCGAUGAUUACGGGAUUGACAUAGAUUCCGGCAAUGUGCUUCCGACUUCAUUCAAACAAGUCACGAAAGAUCCCCGGGCGAAUCACUUGGCAGCCAAGCUCAGGCUCAAGGAAGAUGCCGAAGCAGCCAAUAACAUCGACCAAGCUGUUGAUACUGCAUCCAAUGUUUCCAACCCCAAAUCGAUUCUCAAGAGGAAAGAUAACACAGUGGACUCCAGGUCGCUUAAGCGUGUAAGGUUCGAUCCCGAGUGCAAGGAUAAUGAUAAUGGUGGUGAUACUGACGCUGCUCAUGCUGAUGAUUUUGGUGCUGGGGUUCCUGAUUUUCUGCGGAAUCCUUCUAGAUACACGCAUUACACAUUCGAUGAUUCUUCGAGUGAGUUGAAUGAGGAAUCUAACAAGCAAGCGUAUAUGGACUUUUUCAAUAUGAUGAAGAGAUCGAGUAAUAGUGAUGAUGAUAGAGAUGCGAGUGGUUUUGAUAGUUUCGGAUCAGUUACUUUCAUACCAAGAAAGAAAAGUGGGGAUACUAAUGCAAUGGUAGAUAGCUGUACAGAGUUAGUGCAACAAGUUGGGAUUAAUAAGGAUGUUUCCCCCGCUAUCCGGCGAGGCGUGUCGAUAAGUAUUGCAGCUGUAGAUGUUGAAGAAAGUGAAGUUAGUGCAAUGGAAGAAGACGAACCUGAAUCCAUGGCAGAUAGGAAGAGCAAUUCUCAGAAACCAGGGCGCCAGUAUCGCAUGAAAGCUAGGUCAGAGUCGGAUGAGUGAUUCAAUGGGUUGGUGACUGGUCAGCUUGGUAGUUUACCUUGCCAAUACUUUGGCUUGUAUGUUAGAAAAACUGACAAAUAACUUACCCCACCCUUUCUUGUACAAAGAAAGAUUGGAUUGGAAUUUGCAUUGGAUGAAGAUUAUGUUUUCUUUUAACAGAUUUGACUAGAUAAAACUGCUUUGGGAAUAUCUCAUAGAACCCUAUUGUAGGGCUUUUAAUAUCUAAAGCAAAGUAACAGUUACUAAGAAGAGGUAUAGCCUCCUAGAUACUUAUGUAUAUUAAGGUUGUUCUUUUAUAAUCUAUUCAUUUUCUUAA